AUGUACCUAAUGGUACAGUUUAAGCCUAUGGUCGAUCCUACUACCAGAUAUUCACGAGGUAUAGAAUGCAAUAUGCUUUGCGUUAAUCCCUGGAAACAGACCUAUUCGCUGUCUCUGGCACGUAUGCUAGUUGGCACUCGUAGGUCCAAAAUACAAAACAAGGAUGAUUGGCGUGUCGCGUUGGACUCCAUUUUCAUCAACGAUGAUCGUUGGUGGUGUAUAACAACGAUGAUGGUAGAGACAAUUGUCGAGCACAGCUGCUACGUCUCUCUCUUCAACGAAGCCGUUGAAGAGAGGGAGCAGACGUGUAUUUAUUCCCUCAGCCAUCAGAAAGCAAUAGACACGGUGAAAACGCUGUCGAAACAAGAUCCAGAGAAAUGUUCUGCCAUUAUGGGUAUCUGUCAUUACGCGAACACGGUCUUAAACGAAAACAAUGGCCAUCUGUCCACCUGGCUCAUUGCACGGAUCAUAAAGUAUCUGAUUUAUCGCGCCAAAAUCGAGCAAAUCGGGAGACUUGAGGUACAGGAUCUAGACCGCGAAAUCGACGAAGAAUAUCGGGCAAUUCCGAAUAUUGCCGGCUCAACUUCUUCGCAAAACACUACCAGGUUCCGCAGAGCCCACAAUGACGACAUUGAAUAUGCAUUCAACGGCAAAGUCAAUGCGCGUUCACAUGUGGAUGACGUACCUUAUAAAGGACCGAGUCUCUAUGUUGUGCUUAGCGGGUUUCACGAUCCCGAUUUACCAGCAGAAUUGUUAAACAUCGGGAUUCCUCUGGUCUGCAUGUUAGAGAUUAAGCUUCCCGGUGAACAAUAUGUCGCGUAUCACGAGACGAAGGAACAAGAUUUCAUUUCCCAUGAUAAGACGCGUUUUUCCGAGGACUAUCGUAUCGACGUGAAUAAGCUGGACGAAUUUUGGACGAUUACACGCGAGAGAUUCGCUAAUCUAUCCGUGUAUCCGAUAUAUUCCGACAUAGCCAGUCUCACCCUUUCUCCCGCAGCCCUACCAGAAACUUUAAAUAUCACCGAGAAAAAGUUUCUAAAACGGGACAUACAUGAUAGAGCACUUCGCACUUUGUAUCAUUUGUAUGAUCUUUAUCGACAACACGCGAAGUAUUUGAAAAGCAUGAAGCUGGAAAAGGGGAUCGUUGAUAAGAGAGAUGGAACAAUGGAUACGAAGAUCUACGAGAACGCGUUAAGUGAUAUACCUAACGAAUAUAUCAACGUACCAUUGAUAUUGGGCGCGAUACUUUUGCAGGUUGAAUCUAAUCUUGCGAGAUCUUACGACGAUGGAUGCGUCCUCGUCGAGUGUAAUGCGGGAUUUAGCGAUGCCGAUACGGGGCACGCGAAUACAUCAACGACAGAUGAACGAAUCCCCGUAUUCGCUGUGCGAGACAGGCUCAGACUGCUUGAUCUUGAGUACGAACUUAUCGAUGAAUACGCUGAUAAUUCCAGUCAAUCAUCACUGCCUUCUAAUCUCGAAGUUAUACCGUACAGAGACACUUUGAGCAUGAUCGUUCGUCAUUUCCUCGAUCGAAGAAUUGAUUUAGACGAUGCGGUUCUUCGCGUUUUGAGGGAUCCGAGAAUAAUUAAUACUUGGCAGAGUCGCCAGAUAUUAACUAAGUCCAAAAGCGAUAUGUAUUCCUGUCAUAUAAAUAAUAUCGCGCGUAUAUUUAAUCUAGAGCGAACGAUCAGUCGCGAAGAAGUUGCUCAUUACCUACAUCUAUUGAUGUUUGACAAAUUGAUUUUUUCCGAAGACAAUUAUGGUGCAAGAACAGAAUUGGUGCAACCGUUGAAAGAAGAUUUGUCGAAAUUAAAACACGCACGAUCGACGAUUAAGAGAACUCAUAGCGCAUCAAAUCUUACUGCCUUGUCUUCGCUGACUGUAUCUAGUCUACGCCGUUUCAAGAGCGAUUCCGAAAUUGAUUAUGAUAAGCCGAUAAUCGCAUUCACCGAGUGUCCGCUUUUAUUUGCGCUAACAGAUACUAGAGAAACUCUGCUUCCAGGAUAUUUGCAUGAAAAUGUCUUUAAGAGGAGAUGUUACGAAAGAUCGAGUCUCGAAGAAUACGAAGACGUCGAGUUGCUCUCAAGCCGUGUUUUUCUUCAGGUCAUUUACGAAUGUUUCCAACGUUUCGAUCGUCUCGCCGAGAGAUACUUUGAGCCGACGGAUUCGAUGCUCCUUUACUUUAGCAACAACAAUCGGGUGGGUGACGUGUCCGAGGAAACGCGUAUAUCGUCUAUACAUACGCCCAUCGGGCUUCGAGAAUUCUGCGAAUAUAUCGCGAAAGAGGAAGAGAAUUGGAUAGAACGGGAACAGGAGACACGCCAAUCGCGUAGGAUGGACCUGACAGGAAGAUUUAUGAAGAGACCUAUCGAGGUGGAAGACGACGCGAUCAUAUUCGCCGACGAGUGCUUCGUGCUUCCGGAUUCGUUGAAAGCGCGCUAUCUGAAGGAAAGUCCGGAUCGCGAUUUGCGAAAGAAAAUUUGCGAAACGGAGGAAUCCGAGGAAGCGACGGGGGAGGACGUUGAGGGGAGGAAAAUAACGGGACAGAAACUAAACGGGACGCCGACGACGGACAACGGAAGCAAACAGGCGGAUGGAAGAGUUAUGAGUGGAAAAACGUCGUUGAUGAAGAAAAAAUCGAGCACGAAUAGAACAGAUGAUGUCGAUACGUCCUUCUUAUUGACGGAAAAAAUUCUAUCAUCUCGAAGCGUUGAAAAAGACGGAAUAUACGACUUCGUCGGAUACGAUCUCGGUAGUCGUCUUCGCGUUCAAGUAAUUCAUCAUAGCAAAAAGUUUCUUUUGGACGAUGUAACGGUGCGAGUCGAAAUCGAGGACUGGCUUCACGGAGCCUUCGAUAUACGCGUCGCCAUUGCUCUACAACACUGUACUUUACGAUUGUGUAGCCGAGAUGGUCGCCGUCAAUCGGCGGACACAUUUCACUUAACUACGGAGGGAGGAAUUAUACUAGGUUUCUGUCGAAAUAAAGAAAAGGAUUUCGACGCAGUUGAGAGCUCGUUCGAUUAUCAUUCGCGGGCCUUCGACUUUCGUGCUUCGUGGCCUUCCGGGUUAUUGAUAGAACCAGCUAUCGGGGACGGCACAAAAGAUCCGUUUUGCAUUCGUCAAUCGUACGUUUCGAAACGUCUUGGGCGCGCAAGUGCAGCUCAUGAAGUCUGCCGGAACAUUCUCAGGAACGGAACCGUCUUAAAGUACAUGGACGACAAUACUGUCGUCAUCCUUCGUCCCAAUAGCGUCAUCGUGACGUGCAUGGAUUUCGACAAGUCACAAUCGUACGACGAAUCCAUUCACCAGACGACCCUAAAAGAAUUUUGGAAUAAAAAGAGCAACUCGGUGGCAGCCAGCGGCAGAGAAAAAGUCAUAGGUUCCACAGAGUCGCGUUCAAACGGAUCGAUCGUGGACGAGCAACCACCGAAACAACAUAUAUUGCCGUCCGAGAAACGCGCGACCGGCGGAGACGUCUCGCUGAUAAUAGGAACGAAUAAAGUGUUACGAUACUCCGUAGUAAAUUACGACGGCAGACACUACGAAGUGUUGAACGAUCUGGUUGUAAGUGAGCACGAUCGAUUGCUCGUUAGGACCACGUCGGACUACGAGGUCAACGAGGUAUUCACACGCCGCGCUGAUGGUACUGAUAUGUUGCUUCGUUCGAACGGAGAAUUGAUGGUUAUCUUUGCCGACGGCACGCGCAUCAUUACCGGUUACACGAUUGAGGAGCGACCAGUGAUUUGCGAGUGGUCGGAGAACGAGUUGCAGCGAUAUUUCCGAUACGAUGGCCGAAUUAACGUUGCCUCGUCCACCGAUGGCACAUUCCCGCCCUCGCAGCACGUUGAUUACCGGGAGAAACUGACAAGAGUAUCGAUCGCGGACGGUUUUGUCUCGAUCUUGUUGACUUUCCGCGUGGAACACAAGGAUUACACCACCGUGUCUUACGAUCAGUCAGCGGUUGGCUGUACUUUAUCGAUGCCCGACAAUCUUUGCGUCAGCAUGUCGGGAGAAGGUCAUUACGAAGUUUCAAUGGGGGACCAAGUUAAUCUGAAGGUUCGCGACGACGUGACACUCUCCAAGAUAUGUGCUACCUGUGGCAGAAGGUCGAUAUCGACUUAUAAGUUUCGGAAAUCGUCUGACGCCGACUCGCAAACGAUUCUCACGGCUAUCGGGAUUCUUGGGGAUGUGCUCGAGGUUAAAAGCGAUGGUACCGCGAGUUAUCGUCGGCCGUACAGAAGGCGCGAGGGCAACGGCGAGGAGGAAGGAGGUAGCCGGGGAGAGGACGCCAACCCGAGGACAAGAAUCCAUCGCAAACACGGACGAUAUUGCGAAAUGCUCAAGUUUCCUGCGAGAAGUCAAUACAGAAUUUUUGCGAUGAAUCGCGAUCUGACAGCUUGCGAGUAUCUUCAUCGAUCGGUUAGACGCGAGCGGGAACUGGCAGCCGUCUUCGCCGACGAGACGAGCGUGAUCCAGUAUCCAAUUUCACGUCGACCGGAACUUCGUCGCUUGAUUACAUUUGUGCCAAUGGAACCAGAGUCGGGAUCAAAGGAAAUAUCGGGGUCCUGUCAAUAUCGGAUCAGAUCUGACAAGCGAACGGGUUACGACGAAACUGAAUUACCGCGGAGUACUUAUUCAUUUCCGUACAACUGGCUGUUCCCCUUUGGCAAAAGAGAUCAGAGAGUUUCUGAAAGAAUCCAGAGCGAAGUUUUAGCAAAGCGAAAUGAGCAGCCGUUGCCCAAGUUAUUGCGAGUGCGCAUUUUCUUCGGCAUUAAAGAGGCAGAUAGAAACGCCCUGAUCGAUAUGCAGAGAGCUAUGGGACGCUAUUGGUUAUCUGUGUUCCGUGAUGGUGACAAAUGCCGGCUAUUUUGCGCGACUGGAAGCAGUCGACCCUGCGAAGUUGAAAAUGAUUACGGGAGUUCGGAGCGCAGCCUACGAGAGCUGGCUCUCGGCGUUAAGGGAAGCAUCGACGUCAAGACGUACGUCAGAAGCCUUCAGGGUAAGCUCAUUAAAGUGAGCACGAAAGCACCUCGGCAGUCGAGCCGUCUUGCGGAGUUACUUGUACAAAGGGGCUCGAUGAAGGAGGAAUAUAAGUGGUAUAAACAGUGCAUGAGGAAACGGAUUAUUGUGCCGUACUUUCGAAAUGUUGCUGGCUCGUGUUAUUCAUUAAUAAAGAAUCGUGUCGACGACGAGAAUAUUGAAGAAAAGUCACGAGUUCGUUGCACUCGUUUCUCAUUCAAGUUUUUAUCACUUGGUGAUUUUGGCACGCGUGGGCGGAAUACCAAAACGUCGAAGAAUAAAGUAAAAGUCAGUACUCUAAAGGAACGACAGCCGCCAUAA